UUUGAUGUCAUGAAUCUUGGUGCAGGGCUUACGCCUAGCUUGUUGACAACAGAUCGGGCCCGGAAAUCAAUGAAAACGAAAAUGGUCCAUCUCCGUCCCUUGUUUGCAGUGGCUUUUCUCGCCAUCUUGCAAGUGUCGCCGUCAGCCACCACGACGGCCGAGGUGGAGCUACCGGAUGCGGCCAAGCAGUUCUUAGACGCUCACAACCAGGCAAGAGCUGCGGUGGGGGUUGCCCCUCUUCAAUGGAGCCAGAAGCUGGCGAAUGCCACCAGCCUGCUCGUUCGCUCCCAAAGAAACAGAAUGGGAUGCCAAUUCGCCAACAUAAAACCAGGAACUUACGGUGCCAACCAGCUGUGGUCGGGUGGGGAGACGGUGACGCCGCGAGCGGCGGUGGAGGAGUGGGUGAAAGAGAAGAAUUAUUACAACCACGCCAACAACUCUUGCGUGGCCAAUCACAGCUGCGGGGUUUACACUCAAGUGGUUUGGAGGAAGUCAUUGGAGCUAGGCUGUGCUCAAGCCUCUUGUGUGAAGGAGAAGGCCAGCUUAACCAUUUGUUUCUAUAACCCUCCCGGCAACGUCGUCGGCGAGAGCCCCUACUAGUUACCACCCCAAAGUCCCUUACUUAUCCCACUCUGUUUGCAUGCAUCUUUGUUCCUUUGCCUCUCAAAUCAAUAAAUAAAUCAUCACUUGCUUAGAUA